AUGGCCGGUUCCGCGCUGUGCGGUGCUGCCCAGAACAUGGAUGCCGAGAUUGUCGGGCGGGCAAUGGCUGGCGCUGGUGGCAGCGGGAUGUAUUUCGGUGUGCUUACACUCCUCAGUGUGAAUACGACGGUAUCAGAGCGGCCAUUCUAUAUCGGACUGACAGCAGUCUCCUGGGGAAUUGGAACUGUGACAGGGCCAGCAAUUGGUGGUGCAUUUGCUGAGAGCAAUGCUACGUGGCGAUGGGCUUUCUAUAUAAACUUGGUCAUUGGCGCGGUUUUCUCACCCGUCUACGUGUGGCUACUCCCACCCUUUGACCCUCUUCCCGGGAAGACCCAGAAGGAGAAGCUCCAAACCAUCGACUGGAUAGGAGCUGUCCUCUUCAUCGCUGCCUUGGCCUGUCUCAUCAUGGGUAUCAACUUUGGAGGUGUCAAAUGGGCAUGGGGCGACGGGCGCUCGAUCACGCUCUUUGUCGUGUCAGGGGUCUGCUUCAUCGCCUUCGGACUGCAGCAAAGCAUGUACUGGUUCUGCAACGAGCAGACACGGCUGUUCCCUAUCCACUUCCUCAAGCGACGCUCACUUCUCUUGCUUUUUGUCCUCAACACCCUUGCAAGCUCCGGCUUGUUCAUCUCGGUUUACUAUAUUCCGCUCUUCUUCCAAUUCACACAUGGAGACUCGGCGAUCUACUCAUCCCUCCGAAUUCUGCCAUUUGUUAUGGUUUUGAUAUUUGCCAUUAUCUUUAACGGACAUAUGAUGCAGAGAUUUGGCUACUACAUGCCCUGGUACUUCUUCGGCUCCGCAUUUGAGCUUGUGGCUGCUAUUUUGAUGUAUCUGGGGAAGCCGGAGACCAAUCCCCAAGCCAUCUUCGGCUAUACCUCCCUCAUGGCUCUCGGUGUCGGCUUCUUCAACCAGGCCGGCUAUAGCGUUGUUCAGGCGAAGGUAAAGCCAGGGGAGAUCCCUUGGGCUCUCGGAUUCAUGAUGGUUUCUCAACUUGGCGGCAUUGUCUUGGCACUAGGCAUGGCAGGAGCAAUCUUUGUCAACGGAGCUACUGCCGGACUGGUGAGCCUCCUUCCGGGCAUGGAUAAGGACGUUGUCGUCAAUGCCAUCGCUGGAACCAGCAGCGAUCUGUUCAAGACGCUGUCUGAAAAGCAGCAGAAAGAUGCUCUUGCAAUCAUCGUUCAUGCAAUUGACAAUACGUACAUUCUCUUGAACGCGGCUGGUGCCCUAGGUGUUCUGCUCUCGGUGUUCCUCAAGCGCGAGAGACUUUUUAUGACCGUCGCAGCAGGAGGCGCCUGA